GAAAGUUUGAAUCUUGUAAUUUUCGAUAUGUUUAGGGAAAUAAUAUUGGUGUUAGCAUUAUCUCCCACCUAUUUCCUCUCAUCAGCAGCUGAACAAAACACAUCAUUUUCUGCGCUUUUCGCAUUUGGAGAUUCAAUACUAGAUACCGGUAACAAUAAUUGUCUUCUUACUCUACUUAAGGGAAAUUACUGGCCAUAUGGUUGGAAUUUUGACUUCAAGAUACCGACCGGAAGAUUCGGAAAUGGAAGAGUUUUCACCGAUAUAGUAGCCGAAGGUUUAGGGGUCAAAAGACUUGUACCAGCUUAUCGUCGUAAAUUUCCUCGCAUUAAACCCGACGAUUUAAAAACCGGCGUUUGUUUCGCAUCAGGUGGUUCAGGAAUAGACGAUCUUACAUCCAGAACGCUGAGAGUUUUAUCGACCGGCGACCAAAUAGCAGAUUUCAAAGGCUAUUUGAAGAAACUAAAGAAUGUUACGAAAGAUAAGAAAGAAAUAAAAGAAAUUAUUUCAAACGCAGUGUUUCUUAUAUCUGAAGGAAAUAACGAUAUUGGAUACUUCGCAGCUCCUGCUCUUGUACGAUUAUACUCCACAGAUACCUACACAAGUAAAAUGCUUGGUUGGACCAAAACAUUUCUACAAGACUUAUAUGAUCUUGGAGCCAGAAAAUUCGCGGUGAUGGGAGUGAUGCCUGUGGGAUGUUUGCCUUUCCAUCGAAUGUUAUUUGGUGGAGUAUUCGCAUGGUGUAACGUUUUCAUGAAUAAAAUUUCGGCAGAAUUCAACAUGAAAUUGCAGAAAGGUCUUCAAAGUUACGACGUAGAAGAUUGUUUUAAAGGUGCAAAGUUUGUUUACGUCGAUAUCUACGGCACUCUUAUGGAUCUCAUCAAUCAUCCUAAGGCCUAUGGAUUUACAGAGGAGAAAAGAUCGUGUUGUUGUAUGCCGACAUCAAUAAUAACAUGCCCAAACCCGGAUCAGUACGUCUUUUAUGACUUUGCUCACCCCUCGCAGAAAGCGUAUGAAGUAAUAUCUAAACCACUUGUCUAUCAGAUGAAGAAAGCCCUUGCCUGAUUAGUUUCUUGUUUUUUCACAGUUAAUGUAUUAUUUUAAAUCUUAGUCAUCACUAUCGUUAAUCAUGUAACAGACGACGAUAUCAUACAUGACCAUAUCUGUUUUUAUUGUAAAAGAGUGUAUAAAACAGUGAUGUAUUGGCCACUUUUAUAAAUUUACAGAACAUAAGCGAUUGUUAACA